AUGGUUUACGCUCCGCGCAUCAGAAUCAAAGGCGCCAAGACGAACAAGCCGGUAGUGCGGCGCGAACUGCGGGACAGGGGGUCUUCCGGGAGCGUCAAGUCGGAGGGGAUUGUUGAUUGGGAGGAAAACGCGUCGCUAAACACCAAAAGAACGUUGCAGGACGAGGUGAACGGAUCGACCGCAGAUUGGGCCCUGGACAACGAGUCUGUGCCGCUGACGAGCGCCCUGACGGGACAGCCGCUGGAGGAGCCUCCGUCGCUCAAAAUCAAAAAGGAAGCGUUUGGAGCAAGACGCAGAGGAAGAGGAAAACCGAUGAAACGGUCGUCUACACCAGAACUUUCCGAACAGGACGACGACGAAUCGUUCGCAACAACUGAAUCAAACUAUAGAGCCAAGCUGAACACGCAGGAGUCGGAGGCGGUCACAAAAUUAAGCACCGAAAGAGACCACGACCAUCGUAAAUUGCGGCCCAUUCCAAAACAGUCCCGAGAACCAAUGCCGACGAAAAUCAAUGGACAGCCGAAGCAAGCGAGCAAAAAACGCGGGAAACCAGCAAAUAACGUCUCGUUGGUGUCCAAGAGAAUCAAGCAGUCGCCGCGGAAAAAGACCAGCGCAAUAGGGUUUGGUUUGCCGGCAAAGCCAGAGCCCGUUCCCGCAGAAACUGACAGCACCGAAGAUCCAACGGUGAACAACUAUGAUUUUUGCUCCUCGUGCGGACUUACGGGAUUAUUUUUGUGCUGCGAAGGAUGUCCGCGCUCGUUCCAUUUCCAGUGUCUCGAUCCUCCCGCAGAGGAGGCCGAUCUGCCCGAUCAUUGGUUCUGCAAAGAGUGCAUGGCCUCGCGACAGAAACCCAAAAAGCACCACAUUGGGAUUUUUUCAGCGCUGUUGGACGAUCUGCAGACUCACAACCCGCUAGCCUUCCGACUUCCGCGCGAGGUUGCCGAGGCGUUCGAAGGAGUCACCAUGAACAAGGACGGCGAUUUCGAAGACGACAGCAUGAAACCUUUCAAAUCAUAUAGCCAGUUGCUUGCAGAGUCGCAAGAUCCGUUGACGAACGUUUAUGACAAGGAAGGGAACCCGCUGUUCUGCUAUAAGUGCGCCAAAUCCGGACUCAACGACCGCCUGUUGACACGAUGCGACUAUUGUUCGUUGGCAUGGCAUCUUGAUUGUCUGGACCCGCCUCUCACGUCGGUGAAGAUGCUGGGCUCCAAAUGGAUGUGUCCGAAUCACGUCGAAACGGUCAACAAGAGCAGACGCAAGCUCAGACAUCAGCCAAAGGUCCAGGUUGCUCUCACACGCAAUUUCAAAGCUCCAAAGGAUUCUAAUAUUGAGAUUAUAAAUGUGGAAGAUUAUGACGUGGACGAAUUUGACCUUGAAGACAGAUUCCCGGUGGACCCAAUAUUCCAGUUUCGAAGCACGCCCGAUGGAACGGCGUAUAGACUCAAUAAGGAGACGGUUAAGAACACCAAGGCCGAGGAGACUGAAAACGUCACCUACCAGAUUAAAGAGGAGGCAAUCAUCCUGGACUUUAUUCGUGGAACCAAAUCGAAACAGGAGGUUCAGCAACGGAAGCAGGACUCGGAAAAUCUCAAGAUCUAUCAGCAAGUGCCUCCCGAUCUUAAAGAUUACCUUGUUGGUGUGUCCAGAUUGAGCGAGCGAUCGAUCAUCACCAAUAAACAGAAAAAGUUGAACCUUGACCAAUUACUCAAACAAAUCGAUGAUGAGUAUAGAAUCGAAAACGAGGAAUUGUCGACACAGGAACUUCACGACUUGAUGAUUGUUAAGAAACUAAUGGAACUCAAAGGGCACGAGAAAUUACUCGAGUUUUUGCAAUCAUAG